AUGGCCCGACGGCGUCCAGUCUCCAAGUUCAUCAUCCUCACUCUCACAAGCCUGAUCGCCUACCUAUCGAUCAGCAGCUUCCUCCGUGCCGUCAAACCGUCGUUAUUCGUUUGGUCCGAAGAAGACUUGGAAGAGGCAGAAUGGCUGGCCACGUCGAAAUCAUGGUGGGAUCGCAAGUUUUGUCGGUUCUUCGGCCUCUGCGGUAUCGCCCACGUACGUCUGUCCCGCGCCAAUAGUGGACCUCCCAGUAGGACAUUGAAUCAAAUGCCCGUCAAUGGUCAAGAGGAUAGCUGGCGGAUGGAUUGGACCCUUGCAGAAGAUCUUUCGGCAAAUUGGACCAAUCAUGAGAAGAUUUUGCGUGAAGUGCCACAUUAUGUACUAGAGUAUGCGCCUCUAGUUCAUUUGUUCUCCGGCGAGAACUUUUGGCCAGGUGAUAUUGCGGAACAUCUCGUAUACACUACCCCAAUGUUGAACUAUACUACUGUCCAGGCAAAAUGGGGGUAUCCAACAUUGCAAGAUCUUGAUCGAUUAAACCGAUGGCAAUUGGGGAAGCAUGUUUACCUCACCAGCGGCGACAACGUUGAAAACCGACCGAAAUGGUUGGGAGGAGAGAGAAAUAUUCCGGUGCCCCAGCCUGGCACGCCGAAAGAUCCCGAGGAGCCAGAAGACAACAAGCCGGGUAGCCCUCCCGUGUUUAACGAAGAUGACGACCGGGGGAAAUGGUACGAUGCCGGAAGCUGGGAGGACAAUGUGGAUGCUCACUCGGUAGACCCGGAAGAGCUGGAUUUAAUGUCAUUUGACUCGCGGAUGGAUGUUGAAGACCUCCGCAAGAGAUAUGGCGGCAAACCAAUCAACACUACUACAGGCGCAGAACGGGGACGUAGUGAUGCCCCUGCGAUCUUGGUGGUUGUCGACAAAGGUAAUGACAUCGUGGAUGCUUUUUGGUUCUUUUUCUAUAGUUACAAUCUUGGUAAUACCGUCUUUGAUGUGCGUUUUGGCAAUCACGUCGGCGACUGGGAGCAUACCAUGGUGCGGUUUUACAAGGGCCAUCCGAAAGCAUUGUUUCUUAGCGCUCAUACUGCAGGCGAGGCCUACAGUUAUGAGGCCAUCGAGAAACAUGGAAGACGGCCCGUUGUUUAUUCUGCCACCGGCACGCACGCCAUGUAUGCCAAGCCUGGAAUUCAUGAAUAUGUCCUCCCAUGGGGUCUACUUCAUGAUCAAACCGAUCGGGGUCCACUAUGGGACCCACUACUCAACUCGCAUUACUACACAUACAACUAUCUAACCGAUGUCCUCCGUGCCUCUAACCUCAACCCCUCUGCACCAACCGAGUGGUUCUUCUUCAAUGGACACUGGGGCGACAAGUUCUACCCGCUAGGUGACCCACGUCAAUACCGAUUCGCAGGGCAAUAUCACUAUGUCAAUGGUCCAUUGGGUCCGCGAUUCAAACAUCUCGGUCGUCGCAAAGUAUGCCAAGGGCGUUAUACCAGCCCAUGCGUGAUCCGCAACUUCAUUCAAGAAGAGAAACUAUCCAAGCGCGGGGUUGGCGUCGGACUCGGCGAAGAGCCCGAAGACGAAGAUUUGAGUUCCAUCAUUGAUCGUCGUACAGGUUGGUUAAUGAUGAACGGUAUCAAUCCAAAAGCGCAUUCAGAUGGUACGGAGUUUAGGUAG